AUGCCGAAGCGAAAAAGGCUAAAAAAUUAUAUGGAAGUCCUUCUAAACUCAAUUGGAUCAAAAGACUAUGAAGACUUUGCAGCGUGGAGUGUUAUAAAAAGAGUUAAGAAAAAUAUUAUAGCAAGUCUUGGUGGAAAUUUUGUGAAAAUUGUGAAAAAUAAAGAAAAUAAAGGAAACGGAAAAGAAAAAAAGAAAGGAGUCAUUGAAUUGGAGCCCGUUAUUUGUGAUGUAGAAAGCGAAGAAGAAAUUAAUGAAAAAAGUGAUGAUGAUUUUUUUGAAGAGAUCAAACAUGAGAUUAAAGAAAAAAAGAAAGAAAAAGCAAAAUCAAUGAUAGAAAGCAAGCCUAGAGAAAAGAAAAAAGUUGUUUUUACUUCAGAAAACGAAAAAUAUCAAUAUGCAGCUGAUUUUGCCAAAAAAUUGUUAAAAGAAAGAGCUAAAAAGUUGAAGGAAAAAGAAGAGCAGAAACUUAAAGAAAUAAAAGAAGAAGAAAAAGAAUAUGAGGAGUCCUUAUGGCAACAGCAGCUCGAGAUGGAUAGGAUUAAUCUUGCUAAAAGAAAGCGAGUUGACGAACUAGUGGUUAAAAGAGAGCAAAGAAAAUUGAAUUUAUUUAAAGCAAAAACCGAGAUGAAAAGCCUUUCCAAAGAAAAGCCGCUAUAUAAAAAAAUAGAAGACGAAUACGAAGAAAAAGUAGUUAGACCUGAAAUGGAAAGAAGAAAAACGGUUUUAAUCAAAAAACGAGAAAUCUAUUCACCAGUAAGGCACGAAGAAAUAGAAAAUCAUAUAGAAAAAUACCAAAAAUAUAUUGAUGAAAAAUCAAAAAUAAAAUCCCAAAGCGCAAGCAGGGGAGAAAGCCCUACAACAUAUUCGAGCAAAUUUAUGAGUGAUGUGAUUGAAAACGAUAGAAAAGAACGUGAAAAGCAAGAAUAUAUGUCAUUAGAAAAAAAAUUGCUUGCGAAUAAAAGAAUUGAGUACGGGAAAAUCGUGAUUGAGCAUUUUCCACCGAUAAUUGAUAAGCAGAAAAAGCAGGAGUUAGAGGAAAGCAUAAAAAGAAUUGACAAAAAAAGAGAAAUUUUACCAAAAUCACAAAGUUUGUCACAUAGGGCACCUGUAAUUAGAAGAUCAAAAACUACUAUGAAAAGGCAUAGUAGGAUAAGCUCGGAGAGUGAUAGUAGCAGCUCUCAGUUGAGUAUCAUGCAGGAGUCAUCUUCUUUUAGACCUACUAGACGUAACUAUCUAGAAGACCAAAAGCGGCUUACUACUCGUUUAAAAGAUAGAGCUUAAAGUAGAUAUUAAAAAUUAAAUUAAAAUAGUCUUUAAGAUUUUUUCCUAGGGAAUUAGAGAAAUUGAAGCUAAAGAGCUACUUGAAAACUCUUACAAGUCCUUUGAGUCUCUCGAAAAGCCUACAGACAUCCACAAAUACGCAAAAAACCUCGAAAGAAAAGCCAAGCGCCAUGAAAGUCUUCUAAAAAGCCUUUCGCCUCUAAGCACAAUCGAAGCCGAAGACAACGUUAACUUCAUGAUACUCGAAUCAAUAAAAUCCAAGCUCUCCAUGCUACUAUAA